AUGGUCUAUAAAAGUGAUGGCUUUUGGAGGACAGUCGAGUUCUAUAGGGAGCAGCCGGACAUCAAUUUCAAGCACAACCUUAUUCUUGUGCUACAACUGCGAGACACAGUCCCGGCAUAUAAAUUGUGGAGUACUUACCCUCAUCUCAAUGCCGCCUUCCCUUCCGAUCAGUUAUCGCUUCCGUAUAUAACUAACCGAGAGAUCGAUACAAAUAGUGACGGAAAAUAUGAUGAAUUGAAUAUCGAUUUGAAAGUUUCCAUCGGUGAUAACGAUGAGGUGAUCGGAGCACAACUCAUCCUCUUCUUUGAAUACAAACUUCACUCGAAAAUAUUCCUACAAAUGGAAAGCAUAGCGAAUAUCAAAUACGAGUCACCAAUAGCUGGAAGAAGUCUUCGAGUGAUUGGCGACCUAAGACUCAAACAGAAGGAACCACUCGUUUAUCGCAGACAUCACAUCGGAUUCAAUGAGAAUAUAAAGGAUUCACAAGAAUUCUUCGUCGAAGAUAUGUUGGAGUCUUAUAUCCGACGCAACUUCUCGACUUCACUCGACUUCAAUACUCACUAUAACUGGUAUUCGAGAAAAGAAAAGUCAUCCCAAUUUGAAAUCAAUGCAACCCUUCUAUAUAGUGAGCAAAUGUUUUAUUAUAAGCCCGGCUUCUGGUAUCUCAUCAAAUGGGCUUUCAUUCAAUACCUUUACGUGUAUUUGGUUUUAUAUCUAAUCUUUAAAAGAAUAAUUGAAUUUGUUUUUGGGAAUAGACUUUUGAAUUGCAUUGUA